UUCAGCUCCAGCAUCCAUCCUUGCCAUCACCUCUGCUCGCCUCUAGCAUGUUUGCGAAUCCAUGGUCGCGCUCCAACCAGCGCUUUAAUGAGUACUACCGAUGCUAUUCCACAGCUAUGCUCUCGGGCCCGCAACGCGAUAGCGUCAAUUAUGGCGGCAAAAUCAUCCUGCCACCGUCUGCACUAGACAAGUUGACGCGUCUCAACAUCUCCUAUCCGAUGCUCUUUGAGCUCAGCAAUAGCAGAAAGGCCGUUCGAUCGCAUGCGGGCGUGCUGGAAUUCAUUGCAGAGGAAGGAAGAGUCUACCUGCCUCACUGGAUGAUGCGAACGUUAUUGCUUGAUGAAGGGGACUUGCUACAAAUUCUGUCAACCGAUUUGCCGCUCGGCUCCUUUGUUCAGCUAGAGCCACAGUCGCCAGACUUUCUCGACAUCUCAGACCCAAAGGCUGUCCUUGAAAACACGAUGCGCAACUUUGCGACACUCACCACAGGCGACGUGUUUCAAUUCAACUACAACGAUCGCGUUUAUGAAGUGGCCGUUCUGCAAGUCAAACCAGAAACGGACGCGAGUGCCGUCUGUGUGAUUGAGACUGAUCUUGAAGUUGACUUUGCAGCGCCAAAGGGCUACGUUGAACCCGAGAGGACGAAGAAGACUGCUCCAGGUCGUGGCGUUGGCGCGGCCAAUGCUGCAACGCUGGGAGAUGCUGGAGCGUUAUCAAAGAAGCUUGGGUACGCAGAUUUGAGCAAGCCGAAGGAAGCAGCAGGCAAAUUUUCUGGUGGUGGUCAGAAAAUGAGUGGCAAAGCUGUGACGGUACCAGCAGCGACGGGCGAGGCAGCUUCUAUUGGAAGCGCGGCGUUCAAGAAAGCAAGCAAAAGCUCUGAUGGUGCAAGUACUGGUCCUCCUGCUCCUCUGCGAGUACCACCCGGCACGCUCUUCUUUGGGUAUGAGCUGCGACUUCCAAAGGAAGCGGAUGGGGAAGAAAAAGCAGGAGAAGCCAACAAGCACAAGUUCUCUGGUCGUGGCGUAUCCAUCAAACAAGCCGCCAAGAAGGGCUCUUCCAGCGCGACUCCGAGUGUGAUCGAGAUUGACUAGUCGCAGUGUAAGCUUCCUGAUGCUUGACAGGAGUUGCCUGGUCUGAUUCUGCCAGAGAUGCACAGACGGCAGCUUGAAACACUG